AUGUUCGACGACAAGAAAGAUAACGAUAUCAGACAGGACAUCGAAUCGACGCUGGGGGGCAGCUCUCGUUCACGAUGGUCGCAAAGACUAUUGUCCUGGGGAGUGGAAGGCAGAGGUAUCAUUCCUGUGGCGCCGGAAGAUCGUACAGACACGCAAUAUUACAAGAUCUUCUUCUUAUGGCUUGCGUUCAAUGUCAACAUCUUAUCGUUCUCCGCCGGAUCGCUGGGACCCAUUGCGUUUGGACUAGGUGUCCGUGACUCAUGCUUGGUUAUCUUAUUCUUCAAUUUACUUUGUGCGUUACCGCCAGCGUAUCUCACGACAUGGGGGCCUCAGUUAGGUCUACGACAGAUGGUACAAGCACGAUACAGUUUCGGGUACUUUGGGGUCAUUUUACCUUGUGUCCUUAACCUCAUUGGAAUGUGUGGGUUCUGCAUUCUCAAUUGCAUUCUCGGGGGACAGACCUUGUCAAGUGUUGCUGAUGGGAAUUUAAGUUGGACAGUUGGGAUUGUUGUUAUUUCUAUCAUAUCACUUCUUGUAUCUUUUUGCGGAAUCAAAGUCAUCGGAUGGUACGAGCGCAUAGCUUGGAUACCCGUCGUCAUUGUAUUCGUGGUAGCAUUGGGUGUAGGCGGCAAGCAUGUUAUGGCUGUUCCUGCAGUCGAACCUGCCACUGCUGCCGCCGUCUUGUCAUUUGGCUCAACUAUCGCUGGUUUCGUGAUCACCUACGCGCCUUUGAGUUCUGAUUUUACAAACUAUUUCCGUCCCGACGUUUCAAGGGUUCGACUAUUCUUAUACUCAUACAUAGGCUUUCUACUACCGAUUGUCACUCUGCAAUGUCUGGGAGCCGCAGUCGCAGCGUCUGCAUCCUUUGUUCCAGCCUGGGAUGAAGGAUAUGCAGGGGGAAACGUUGGAGGCCUCUUAGAGGCUAUGCUCCAACCCGUCGGGAAAUUUGGAAAAUUUCUCACCGUUCUUCUCAGCCUAUCUGUCGCAGGAAACAUUGCACCCACACUCUAUUCUAUGUGCCUCAACAUACAGGUGUUUAUACCCGUUUUGUACGUGGUUCCCAGAUAUGUAUUCUCGAUACUCGCGACAGCCAUAGUCCUCCCGUUAGCCAUUGUAGGAUCCCAUCGAUUCUAUGACACGCUCACGAAUUUUCUCGGAUUGAUUGGAUACUGGGCCAGCGCGUUCAUCGCAGUCAUACUUGUCGAACAUUUUGUGUUCCGGCGGAACGACCCUGCGAUGUAUGACGUAUCGUGUUGGAAUAAGCCUAGAGCCUUGCCUUGGGGAUGGGCCGCGAUUUGCGCUUCGGUGGGGGCUUUUGGCCUUGUUGUACCAUGCAUGGAUCAACAAUGGUUUGUUGGUCCGAUUGCAAAAACGACAGGAGACAUUGGAUUUGAAGUUGCAUUUGUUGUGACGGUAUUGCUGUACUUACCGCUUAGAGCGGCUGAUAUCAGGCUUCGGAAGGCAGUGUAA